ACUAAAUCUAUACAUAUAUAUACGACUGCCAACAAUCAUUUCACCUGUCAGCCUACGUUUAACGUCUAUAUAUUCUUCCGUUAACAUGAUUAAUCAAAAAUCCUGUCCAGUCCCUCAAAAUUCAGCUAGAAACGCGUCACAUCAUAUAAACUUAUACAAAACUACAAAUUUGCUCAAACACGCGUAACUAUUUGACCAUUCAAAACAAGCAUCGUUAGUUUCGAAAAUAUUAUCAUAAUGGCUUCACUUUCGCUGCCUCGAGUUUUACAACAUAGAAAAACAAGUUUGGAUCUGGAGCGAGAGCACUUUGAAAAAUUUCAGAGCAUCAGCAUUAGCAAAGCUGUACAUCCCUCCGAGACUCCGGUCAAAGAAAAACAUGUUCGAAGUGCUAUUAUCGGAACAUAUCAAGAAAAGAGCGGUGUAAUAUUUUGGAUGUUCAUAUUGCGCCAACCGCUCCAAGAGAAUCGUAUUGUAGCAUGGAAAUUUUGCCACGUUUUACACAAAGUUCUGAGGGAAGGCCAUCCCCGUGUAAUUCAAGACUCACAAUGUCAUCGAGGUAAACUCGAAGACAUUGGCAAAUUGUGGCAACAUCUUCGUGAGGGUUAUGGACGUUUGAUACACCUCUACAUACGUCUGCUCAUCACAAAACUCGAUUUUCACAAACGUAAUCCAGGGCUGCCCGGUAAUCUUCAAGUUACUAAUGAGGAACUUGAGGCAAUUGGAGAAAAUGACAUAAAUAUUUAUUUUCAAAUGUCUGUCGAAAUGUUCGAUUAUAUGGACGACAUAUUGAAUCUGCAGCGCGCAGUUUUUGCGUCCCUGGAUCUAGCGCGUUCAAAUUCCAUGACUCCACCAGGUCAAUGUCGUUUGGCACCACUAAUACCUUGUGUUCAAGAUGCCUCGAGAUUGUACGAUUACUGCGUGAAAAUAUUGUUCAAAUUACAUGGUGCUUUACCACCCGACAUAUUAAUCGGGCAUCGGGAUCGUUUCGUCAAACAAUUUCACGAUCUCAAGACUUUCUACAGCACUGUCAAACAUAUGCAGUACUUUAAGCAUCUGAUAACAAUACCGUCUUUGCCGGAAAAUCCACCAAAUUUCCUCAUUCAAUCGGAACUUCGAACGUAUGUAACUCCCGUAGUUGUUUUGCCACCGGAAGAACCAAUGGAUUCGGACGCUGCUGUCGACAGUUUGAUCGACACAUCGGAUACGAGUUCGAUGACUAGCGAUCAAAUGGACGCUGCAAGAAAUGGCUCUAUUUCACCAGACGCUCUUGCUGAGAGGGAUAGCCUAAUCGAACACCUUCAUCACGAAAACAGCCGUCAGCGUGAAGAGAUGCAUCGAAUAUUAAACGAGUACAAUCGGAUGAUAAGCGAAAUGAAAACUCGCAUUCGGGAAUUGGAGCCAGCACUUUUGGCUAAAGAAAAUGAAUUGGAGGAGGAAAAAAAGCUAAAAGACAUUUCUACCAAACAAAGCAACGAAUUGACACAAAGAGUUCGCGAUUUGGAGGAAAAAAAUCGUUGUCUGGAUGAAAAAUUUCAGAAGCUCAAGGAAGUGUACUCAAAACUACGCGAGGAGCACAUAAGUUUGAUCAGAAAGAAAGCUGAAGUGGAUCGACAACUCGGUGGAAUAAAAAUUCUGCAAGAGCAAGCGGAGCGUAAAACCUUGGAAGCCGAGCAAAGAUUGCAGGAAUUGCAACAGGGACAGGUGACGUCCGAUCAAGAAGCUCAGAGGGUCGCUCAAGCUCGAUCCGAAUUGGACGAUGUUAGAAAACAAUUCGAUCAAUCGAAAACUGAAAAUCUUGCUCUCGUUGCUAAAAUCGAUUUUAUCACGUCCGAAAAAGCCGUUGCCGAAGGAGACUUGCACGAUUUGCUCGCCCAAAAAGAAGAUCUUGAUGUCAGGAUAGCCGAACUCCAAGCUGAAAUUGAAAAAACGCAGAAACAAGCCAAGGCUGAUUUUGAUGCAGCUUAUUACGAAUUAAUCUUGAACGCCAUCUCAACAGCUGAAGGAAUAAUUGCAAACGCGACAAGCGCGAUUGGAAAUCCAGCAAUAUCAACACUGACUUGCACACCUGAUUACUUGGAGAGUCUCGUAAAGCCAACGUGUCAGACGCUCGACGAUUUGAAAGCGUCCUUCGAGAUUUACCAAGCGGAUACGAAACAAGGAAAAUCGCUUAUACGCAGCGCAAUAAAUGCCGCUCAUGCUUUAGCGAUUUAUCUGACUCAUGCGAGAUCGACGUCGAACAUAUCGACCGAUAUAUCUCUCGGUGACAAACUGACUGACGAGUGCAAGAUUUUGGGUACCGAGGCUUCUCUCAUGUUUUCACAAGUGAAAGAAAAAUCAUCGAAAACUUCAGAGCAAAUUGACCUGGUCAAGAAAAAUUUGAUCGGUGUUUCGAGCAUGGCAAACACAUUGGCAAAAGCUCGAGGAAACGUGGAUGCAAUUGGAGACUUGGUGGAAACGGAAUUGUUGAAUAUGGAUAAAGCUAUUGAGGAGGCAGCUGGAAGAAUCCAGGAAAUGUUAAAUAAAUCUCGCGCCGCUGAUUCGGGCGUGAAGCUCGAAGUAAAUGGAAAAAUUCUCGACUCGUGCACAGAUUUGAUGACGAAAAUAAGAAUACUGGUACAAAAAUCGAGAUUGUUGCAGACCGAGAUCGUCGCCCAAGGAAAGGGAACUGCAUCAGCGACAGAAUUUUACAAAAGAAAUCAUCAAUGGUCGGAGGGCUUAAUUUCAGCUGCUAAAGCUAUUGGAAUGGGUGCUAAUUUUUUGCUAGAGGCUGCUGACAAAGUUGUUUUGGGUGACGGAAAAUUCGAGCAAUUGGUAGUAGCGUCACAGGGAAUCGCGGCAUCGACGGCUCAACUGGUAGUUGCGAGUCGCGUAAAAGCUGAUCGACACAGCAAAAACCUUUCAUUGCUCUCGGAAGCUUCGAGGGACGUUACUCAAGCAACAGGAAACGUUGUAGCCACUGCUAAAAGUUGUGGACAACUUGUCGAGGAAAAUGAUAUGAACGUUCGCUCUUAUUUGCGCACAGACGAUCUCGACAUUUCCGGUUUGACAUUGCAUCAGGCAAAGAGACUCGAGAUGGAAGCGCAGGUUCGCGUCCUUGAGUUGGAGCAGGCUCUAGAGACUGAAAGACUUCGUUUGUCUGCGUUGAGGCGUCAUCAUUAUCAAAUGGCUGGCGAAUGAUAGUGUAAAGAAUUUAAAUAAACGUGCAGAGAACACGUUACUAUACAUAAACGAAAAAACAAACAACACCGAAUUGAACGAAUUGAAAGUAGUAUUCUAAAAACAAAUGUUUUGGAUCAAUUAAUAUACCGGUUACGGAGCCACGCAGUCAUUAAAACUUCAAAGGGUCAUACGUCGAAUUUGGAUUAAUCAGCAAUUCUUUCUCACGAUUUGUAUUUUUGUUAUACACUAACAAUCAAUUGGCGAAGACCAAAAGAAAGAAAAUUAAUAUGCUCGUAUUUAUCGAUGGACGGUGGCUCAUUCGUCUAUAUAUACAGUACAGUGCAUAGAAGAAAGAUAAUUGUUAUUAUUAUUAACAAUAUUAAUAUUAUUGAUAUUAUAAUAAUACUAUUACGUUUAAAUCGAAACUUAUUUUAUAUAAAAGUAUAGUCAGUAUUUAUGCCUCACUAUAAAUUAUCUGUACUUUCAAUCGACGUUAACAAUGAUAUUUUUUUAUGUUCUUUCAUUCUCGUAUAACGAAAAGAAAUGGAUUUUCCCGAUCAGUAAUCCUUGGAUCAUUCUUCCGUUUGAAUCGUUUGUCAAAAUGUUUUAUCGAAAAAUUGUUAAACUAUCAUUUGAAAUCAUCGGUUUUGUAAUAUGAAAUGAAUGGGCAUUAAAAAGAUAUUUCCUUUUCAAA